CACUGACCAUGUGACAUGAGAACAGGGAGGAACCUGAAAGUGAAAGUGUUCAGCCAGUUCAGAGCUGUUUUUUUUACAGUCUGUGGUUCAGACUCCAUUUUGAGUCGACAGAGCAGAAGGACACUGAAGGCCGAGGCAGGACUGACUGAAGUCCAGAAGAUGAGUGUUUGUGUGGAGGAAGAGGAGGACAGAGCAGAGUCUGCAGGAUCCAGCUGUCUGUCUCUGAAGAGUGACCGGUCCAAAGAUCUUCCUCCAGACUUCAGUGAACCUGGACCCUCAGACACAAAAGUUCAGUCCAACAGACAGAGAGCAGAGUCUCCAGGAUCCAGCUGUCUGUCUCUGAAGAGUGACUGGUCCAAAGAUAAACCUCCAGACUUCAGUGAUGAACCUGGACCCUCAGACACAAAAAAGAAGAAGAGGAGUCAUGUUUCUGUGGAGGAGCAGCCGUCCUGCUGUGCUUUGUGUCAGGACGUCCUGAUGGAUCCAGUCUCUACCAGCUGUGGACACUGGUUCUGCAGACAGUGCAUCAGCUUAUACUGGGACCAGUCUGCUUCAUCAGGAGACUCCUCCUGUCCCCAGUGCGAAGUGAGUGGUGGUCUGCAGGAGGUUUUAGAUGAGCAUAAGAUCAGUCUGAGGAGGAGAUGUGAACGUGUGACUGAAGGAAGUGAUGAAACAGGAAGUGGAACCCUCCUCAACCGGAUCUACACUGAGCUCUACAUCACAGAGGGACAGAGCAAAGAGGUUAAUACCCAACAUGAGGUGAGGCAGCUAGAGACAGCUUCCAAGAUGGAGACCCUCCAUGACACUCCAAUCAAGUGCCACGACAUCUUUAAAGCCUUGCCCGGCCAACAGGGACACAUCAGAGUCGUUCUGACGAACGGCGUCGCUGGCGUUGGAAAAACCUUCUCAGUGCAGAAGUUCACUCUGGACUGGGCAGAGGGCUUGGAAAACCAAGACGUCAGUCUGCUGAUUCUGCUUUCGUUCAGGGAGCUGAACUUGAUCAGAGAUGAGCGGUGCAGUCUUCUCCAGCUGCUCCAUGUUUUCCAUCCAACAUUACAGAAGGUCACAGCAGAGAAGCUCGCUGUCUGGAAACUUCUGUUCAUCUUUGACGGCCUGGAUGAAAGCAGACUUUCAUUGGAUUUCAAGAACAGGGAGGUCGUGUCUGAUGUCAGACAGAAGUCAUCAGUCAACAUGCUGCUGACAAACCUCAUUGAGGGGAAUCUGCUUCCCUCGGCUCUCGUCUGGAUCACUUCCCGACCUGCAGCAGCCAAUCAGAUCCCUCCUUCAUGUGUUGGCAGGGUGACAGAAGUACGAGGCUUCACUGACGCCCAGAAGGAGGAGUACUUCAGGAGGAGAGUCAGUGAUGAAGAGCUGUCCAGCAGAAUCAUCUCGCACAUCAAGACAUCCAGGAGCCUCCACAUCAUGUGUCUAAUCCCAGUCUUCUGCUGGAUCACUGCUACAGUUCUGGAGCACAUGUUGACUACAGACCAGAGAGGAGAGCUGCCCAAGACCCUGACUGACCUGUACUCACACUUCCUGCUGGUUCAGACAAAGAGGAAGAAGCAGAAGUAUGAUGAGGGUCAUGAGACGAGUCCACAGGAGCUGAUGGAGGCUGACAGGAAGGUUCUUCUGAAGCUGGGGAGGCUGGCGUUUGAACAGCUGGAGAAAGGAAACAUCAUGUUCUACCAAAAAGACCUGGAGCAGUGUGGUCUGGAUGUCUCAGAGGCCUCGGUGUACUCAGGAGUUUGUACAGAGAUCUUCAAAAGAGAAAGUGUGAUCUUCCAGAAAACAGUCUACUGCUUUGUUCAUCUGAGCGUUCAGGAGUUUCUGGCUGCCGUCUACAUGUUCCACUGCCACACCAACAGCAACACAGAGGCACUGGAGGCUUUUCUGGGAGAAAAACAUGUAGAUUCAACUCUGGAUGUCUUCCUGAUGGGAGCAUUGGAGAAAUCCCUGGGGAGUGAAAAUGGCCACCUGGACCUGUUUGUCCGCUUCCUUCAUGGCCUCUCUCUGGAGUCCAACCAGAGACUCUUAGGAGGCCUGCUGGGUCGGACAGACAACAGUCCUGAAAUCAUCCAGAGAGCCGUCAAUAACCUGAAGAAGAACAGGACAAAAAUAUCUCCUGACAGAAGCAUCAACAUCUUCCACUGUCUGAUGGAGAUGAACGACCACUCAGUACAUCAGGAGAUCCAAGAGUUCCUGAAGUCAGAGAACAGAUCAGAGAAGGAAAUCUCUGAGAUCCACUGCUCAGCUCUGGCCUACAUGCUGCAGAUGUCAGAGGAGGUUCUGGAUGAGUUGGACCUGGAGAAGUACAAGACAUCAGCGGAGGGACGACUGAGACUGAUUCCAGCUGUGAGGAACUGCAGAAAGGCUGUACACACAGACAUGUGAUAUCUGUGAUCUGCUGGAACUAACGUCACUUGAACUUUAAGGUUUUUCAUUAUAGCUUUCAUGCAGUUAUUGCUAUUAUCAUAUUUCUUCUCAGCAGUUUCUGAGCUAUUUCAUAUGAAGGACUGUUCUGUCCAUUUUCACAAUUGAUACAAUAUCUAUAGUUAUCGUUUGAUUGAGAGGAUGUGAGGGGAGGCCAUCCUCCCUGUUGAAGAGUGAACAGAACACCUCCCUCUCAAUCCUCAUUAAAGAAAAGGUGCAAAUAAACGCUGAAUGUCUUUUCAUGUGUUUUGCUGCGUCAGAAAUGACUUAGAUUUACAAACAGGGAGGAAGCUCGCUCUUUGAAUGGACUGGUCUGCAAACUGGUUUAUUCCAAAGCUGCUUUAGUAAUGUUCACUGAGAGACAGCGUUUUUUAAAGCUUGUCCCAUUUUCUCACCGUUUCCAUCUGGUCACCUUAAUGUGAGAAAUGAUUUCAGUUUGCAAAUACAAACUGUCAGACAACGGGUUUCCUCGCGGCACCAUUUAGCAGUAACAGUAAAGGCAAGAUAUGCAGAGAAAAUAGCAGCGCACAUCUCCACUGUGGUUUUCAUUGGGUUAGCAGCCACAGUCUUUGUGUAUUUAGCAGCUGAUUUCCUCAGACAGCAGCUCAUUACACAGUCAGCUGCUGGGACGGCCUCCAGGUUCAUUCUGCCAGUGAAGGAGAGCUCAGCAGGUUCAGUUCAGUGGAGGGAUUUUUACCGUCACCAAGCUCAGAGAAGAGAUGAUGUUGGUCAACAGCUGAACUCCACUUGGGA